AAUUGGGUGAGAAAAGAUCGGCCGAGGAUACCGCUGGAGGAGGAGGAGGAGGAGGAGGAGAUGUUCCGCCGGCGAAGAAGCUGAGGCAUGGAGGCGCUGUGGUUGGUAAUAUGAGGAAGGUGGCGGAGAUGGUUUUGGUGUUGGCGGCCAUGGGGAAGAUGAGGGGAGGCAAGGUUCCGACUGGUGUUGAGAAGGAGAUUAUGGCGGCCGCUCGAGAGAAGUUAGUGGAGGUUUGUGAAUUGUUUCCGCCCAAGGAUGUGUUUCCCAGGGAUGUUUUUGGGGCACUUAUUGAGGAUCUCGGGCUUAAUAAGGUGAGGGAACAGAGGUUAGGGUUUCGGCCGCCCAAGAUUACCAUUGCUGAGAAGUUAUUGCUUUCCAAAAGAAAGAUGGAAAAAGCUGAGGACUUUACUCUACCUUCUGCUCAACACUCAUCGCAAAGAUUGCAUACAAAGUCUGGUGUGGCGGUUGAAAAUCGUGCUCCACCCCUGCUGGCCGUGUUUUUGCCACAGAUAAACCUACUACCUACAAGUGAAGUAAGACCAACAACUCCCAGUGGAUUGCCCUCCAGUAAUAUGGCAAGGGAUGCUACUCCAGUUGCAUUGCCUAGGAUUGAAAGAUUCAGCAAAUUCUUCUGGGGAUCAGCCCUCUGUCAAAACGCCAGCUUGGUCUCUGCAACCCCAAUCUACACCGCACCCCCUAAAAUUGGAGCUGAGAAGGUGCCUGCGAAAGCUACCGUUAAAGUUGAGGGAGCAACUGAUGCCAAGUCCAGAAUAGGCCCACAAAUUGCAAUAUCAAAACCACCAGUAACUCAGAUUACAACUGGAAAUCAUGCAGUUGGUGUAAAUCAGCAUUUGCAAGGCACAAACACUAUUCCGGCUCCCAUACCAAGAAAUACCCAUGCUGAAAUUGGUAAAAUUGUUCAAAAGUUAUUACAGCCACGGGUUUCUGAGCGCCCUGUCUGGACUCCACCGUCCAGGGAUUACAUGAACAAGGCUUCGACUUGCCAAACAUGCAAGUCUACCAUAAAUGAUGUGGACAGUGUUCUUGUUUGUGAUGCUUGUGAGAAGGGUUAUCACUUGAAAUGUCUCCACAUAAAUAAUCCAAAAGGAAUUCCUAGAGCAGAGUGGCACUGUGUAAAAUGCUUGCAGUUAAGCAAUGGGAAAGGCUUGCCCCCUAAAUAUGGUCGUGUCAUGAGAAACAAUAAUGUUCCCAAAGUGCCUUCUAGUGCAGCUGCUCUCCCAUCAACUCCAGAUAAGAAAGCAGCCGCUCUAGAUGUGAAGGUGAACCAGCAGAAGAUAAUGGUUAAUGGGAAUGCUGCAAGUCAAAGGGCCUCUACUGGUAAUAGAGUAAGUGGUCAUAGCGAUCCAACAUCUGCAUUGAAGGUGGAAAAUACAACCGAAAUACGAGGGAAUACUAUUGUUGGCAAAGGAAAGAUGGAUGACAAGUCAUCUUCACGAAUUUCUUUAAAUAAUCUAACAGAAGCCUCCUGUCCAGUCUCUGUUUCUCCUACUUUGUCAUCAGUUAAAGGCCUGUGUGAAGAGAAACUGCUAGAGUCGAAUUCACAGACUCCUUUAAAAUCUGAGACAGUUCUUAGUUUCUCUUCUCCGUCGCAGUCCCCUGGCAACGCAGAAGAUAAUCGCCAGCCAGGGGCACCAAAUAGUGCUGUUCUGUUGCAGCAAUCUUCACAAAAUGAUCAAGGGACUGUGCGAGCUAUUCCUGCUGAAACUUCUGCAGCCAGUUCUGGACUUGCAGAGCAUGGAAAGUUUCUACCAGAUUAUGUACACAAUGUGGAUUGGAUCGGCGGUAUACUUAAAGUCGAUGAGGAGAAAGCUUUCUACCAGUCUUGCUGCAUUAGAGGAGUUGUCUACAAACUCCAUGAUCAUGUUCUUAUUCAAUUCAAUGAUAGAUUGAUUCCGUCAAAACUUCAGGCCAUGUGGGAGGAUAUUAAGAUGAAAACUAGGUGGGUGAGUGUCAAUAAGUGCUACUUUCCUGCUGAUUUGCCACAAGCCGUUGGCCGUCCUUGUGGCCUGGAAAGCAGUGAGGUCUAUGAGUCUACUAUUAGUUGCACAGUAAUGGCUGGCUUGGUACAAGGCCUUUGUGAAGUUCUUCCUCCUGGAAGAUUCAUUGAAGAAAAAGAAAAGAGAACCAAUGGAGGAAAAGGCCGAAUGAGAGUUUACAGCCACUUUACGUAUGCAAAUGGAUUUAUGAUGAACCAAAAGGGCUGUUUCGUGAUGUUAACUGCUAAUCAGUCAAUUACCAAUCAUUUUGGGUGUCAAUGUCCUUGGGCUUUGGAUGCAGCUACCCUCUACUAGACUUUCUUCAGGUGGUGGUGGCAGCAGAGGCCCCGGGACAACUAAUGGUGGAAUAUUCAGUUCGUGUACAAUCUGUAGUUCUUUUAAUUUGGUUUUCUUUUGGGCUAGAAAUUAUAGCUUUUACAAGUACAUGUAUCGGUUCUCAUAAUAGUUUAUUGAAAAUUUUCUAGUUGUAGUCCAGAGUAGGAACCUUGUCAUGCCCUUUUCUAUUUUUUUUUUGGGUCAAAAUUACUCGACAUCCUGGGUGACUUGGCGUAUCUGAUAUAACUGGCUGUUUUCAGCUCUCUUCCGCAAUUGCGUAAUAUGUUGUCCUGGAUGAAGACAAUCACAAAGAUAGAAAUUAAUAUGUUUUUUUCGAUCAUUAUGAAUUAUUCGUGCAUUUUUCGUUUGGGGCUGUAAUAGUAACUUUUACUUCUUAACAACAGUCCGUCGGAGUGGGUGUUUUUAUUGAACUUCAGUGUAGAAAAAUAAUUGUUA